AGAAGCAACAGUGCGUCAUAUACCGCGUGCGCUUGCCAUGAACAUCUUUUGCCUUCCGUCUCUGACAUCCAGCGAAAUUCGUACAUAGUGUCGUCAGUAGCUGUAACUAUGAAGCCCACAAGAGGAGCGCAGGUGAAACUGGAAGACUUAAUGGGCGCCAUCGGUGAUCCGGGAAGAUACCAGAUAGGCAUCUACGUUCUACUGUGUCUUAACUACAUGCCCGUCGCUUUUAACCAUCUCGGUAUGGUAUUCUUCGGCGCGAUUCCAACGCAUCAUUGUAAGAUCGGUGCGGACCGCUUAGCACUGCCGUUGAACGAGAGCAUUCCGAUAAAAGUUGUGAAGGGCCACAACGUGGUGGACUCGUGCAACAUGUAUGUGAACGGUAGCAGUAGCGUAGAAGCCUGCACGGACGGCUGGCAAUACGCCACCUACCCGGGCAACCCGCCUGAGUCCACCAUAGCCACCGAGUGGGACCUCGUAUGCGAUGACAAGUACAAGACACCACUUGCCACUACUCUGUACUUCAUUGGUGUUAUGAUCGGGGCAGUGGUGUACGGAGCACUUGGAGAUUGGAUAGGCAGAAAGAAAACGCUGCUUUUCUGCCUAGCUAAGUACUUCAUAUUUGGCAUAGGACUGCAUUUUGUGAAGAAUUAUGUGCAAUUUACUGUCGUCAGAGUCUUCAUUGGCACUGCCAUGCAGGGCAUACAGACCAGCUCGUACGUUCUUUUCGCGGAGAUGUUCCUACCGAAGUAUCGCACGUACGUCGGAACGCUGUACGAACCAUUCUGGGCGGUUGGCGUUAUGUGGCUGGCGCUCAUUGCUUGGCUCCUAAAGGAUUGGCGAUGGAUCCAGCUCGCUUUAGUGCUACCCACCGUACUGACAAUCUCAUAUUAUUGGAUCAUUCCAGAAUCGCUGCGAUGGCUGCUGCUGAAGAAUCGGCAUGAGCAGGCACAAAGUCAGAUCAGAACCGCCUGCAAAUUCAAUAAAAUUCCAUAUCCAGAUAUCGACACGAGAAACGUUGUGCUUCCAGGUAUACAAACUCAGGAAUCUAAAACCUACACGCCAUUUGAUUUGGUUCGCACUCCUGUGAUCAGACGAAAUGCGCUCAUCUCCUUCUAUGUCUGGUUCUCCGUCUCCUGUGUCUACUACGGGCUGUCGCUGUCAACGUCGAGUUGGAAAGGCAACAAGUAUCUCAUCUUCGGCCUUUCAGGGCUCGGAGAGCUGCCCGCGUACUUGCUGGCCGUUUAUAUUCUUCACAGGUUUGGAAGGAAGUGGCCCCUGUGCGUUUACCUUACAGUGGCCGGAGUUGGGUGCAUAUUGUCUGUCACCCUUCCUAUUACAACCCGUGCAACUUAUGUGAAAGCCUCAGCAAUGCUCACAAGCAGAUGCUGUUUGGAAAUGGGGGACGCUGAGAACUACAGAUUCCCAGCACUUGUCAAGGCAGCUAAAAAUAUGCUGAUGGUGCAUGGCAUUUCAAUACCGAAGAGAAAGCGAUCUGAUGUAGAUCGCAGCGUCGGACAUUGGGGCGAUGCUGACCCAGAAAGGAAAGAUAGUGGCAUUCGCAAGCACGCGCUCUAA